AUGCUCACCGAAAGCAAACUUAAGAGCAAUUACAUUGGAAAACAAGUCAAUAAUGAGUUAUUCUAAGAUGACUUCUUGCAGCAAGUAGUAAAUGAUGUCUACUGGAAUAGUUAUGAUCCCGCUUAAGAUGACCCACAAGUCUAAAGUAAAGAUGAUUAGGAGUCAAUACCACCUCUAAAUGAAGAAGAGGUUUAAUACUUAAUGCGUGAAAACCUCAAAUGCUUGCAAUGUCUUAUGACCCCUUUAAUAAUGAUGUGUAUGUAUGUGCACUCUACUGAUUAAUUCCAAAUGGAGUCAGUGAUGAAUAUGAUAUUGAAAUUAAUGAAUGAUCACUAGGAGACUGACUGCAACAAUCAUUAAUAGCAAAGUAUAAAUGAUAGCUUAAAGAUUAGUAUCACCAAAUCAGCUAACAUGAUUAAUAUGCUUUCAGAUGAUAGUUAGGAAGUCUAUUAAAACAAUACAGCUGUUGAUAAUAUGCAGGAUGGUUACUACAAUCCAAUGAAUCCUCAAGCUAUGACCACUCAGAACAUUGAAUUGAAUUCAAAGGUAGCUUUGAAUGUAAACUGCCAGUGCUGUGGCUAUUUUGACUUCUAUGAGAUUGAUAGCUGCUAUUGA